AAAGUGGCGAGAGGCUCAGGGAAAGUGCAAAGAGAACAGCGGGUGAAGGGAGAGAUGGAGAUUGGGGUUGUUGGAGCGGGACAGAUGGGAUCUGGGAUAGCUCAGAUAGCUGCUGUUGCUGGAAUCCAUGUCUGGCUCCACGAUUCCGACCCUGAAUCUCUCAACCGAGCUACCCAUGCCAUCACCGAUUCCAUCACCCGUCUCGUCUCCAAAGGACACCUAUCAAAGUUUGUUGGUACUGAAUCCUUGAGCCGCCUGAGAUGUACAUUGAAUUUGGAAGAUCUUGGAUCUGCAGAUGUGAUCAUUGAAGCUAUUGUAGAAUCUGAAGAUAUGAAGAAGAAACUAUUUUUUGAACUGGACAAGAUUGCAAAAGCUUCUGCCAUUUUGGCAUCUAAUACAAGUUCCAUCUCCAUUACUCGUCUAGCUUCUGCAACUCACCGCCCUUCCCAGGUGAUUGGUAUGCAUUUUAUGAACCCCCCUCCAAUUAUGAAACUGGUCGAGAUUGUGAGAGGUGCAGAGACAUCUGAUGAGGUCUUUGCUACAACAAAAGCCUUGGCAGAAAGGUUUGGCAAGACUGUUAUAUGCUCUCAAGAUUACCCUGGUUUUAUCGUAAACCGGAUCCUGAUGCCCAUGAUCAAUGAAGCAUUUUACACACUCUAUACAGGCGUGGCAUCAAAGGAGGACAUUGAUACAGGGAUGAAGCUGGGUACAAACCAUCCAAUGGGUCCUUUAGAGCUAGCAGAUUUCAUUGGACUGGAUGUCUGUCUCUCGAUAAUGAAGGUUCUACACAAUGGACUUGGUGACAGCAAGUACCGUCCCUGCCCACUCCUUGUGCAGUAUGUCGAUGCUGGACGCCUAGGUCGGAAACGAGGCAUUGGCGUAUACUCCUACUCCCACCCCAAAUCACCUGGUGCUCGGCUUUGAUCUCUUCCUGGCUGUGAGAACCAUGACCUGUUAAUUUGAAGAUUCUUAAAAGCUGACAUUUCAGUUUGAAUAAGAUCUAGAAACUUGAAAACCAGUGCAGAGAAUCUCUUCAGCAUGACAUCCGGCCUAGUCAGGCCUCUCUGUGUGAGAGAGAGGUCUCUCAAGUCCAACUGUUGGACCACAGUUUAUAGUUCAAUCAGGGGAUUACUUCCAACUUGUGAAGUGCUUGUGACAUCCAAUCCUCCUAACAGGUUGGCCCUACCAUGAGGAUCACCUAGCACAAAAAUCAGCCCUAUCCAAUUUCUCAAGUGAAUCACACUAGGGAAAUCAGUGUAUAGCCAUUGAUAAAUAGAAAAAUACAACUGUGGUCCAAUCGAUCAGUGGAUGGGGCUGAUUUUUGCACCAAAUGUUCCUCAUGGUGGGGCCAAUCUGUUGAAUGGGUUGGAUGUCCCAUGCACUCAGCAAGUUAGAAGUUAUCCCCUGGGUAGACCAUAACCUGUGGUUAAACUGGUUGGGCUAGAGACCACCCCACGUGCGCACACACUCUCACACUCACACAGGGUUACUCUGGACGGGGGAGAAAUCACACAGACAGAGGAUCACCCUGGAGUCUGGACGCUGUAGAAAUCACAGUUUAAUUGUGAUUUUUAGGAAAAAGAAAAAGAAAAAGGACAUACCCUCAGACCCUGUUUGGUAAAUGCCUAAAAAUAAGGUAAUUUCAUUUUAGUUAAUCAUAAUCAUGUAAUGGAGAUGAUAUUUCUCUCUCUCUCUCUUUUUCUGGCAAGGAUUAAAAAUAAUCUUGAUAACAAACAAUCAUCAUCUCUUGAACUCAUUUUUAUUUUUAGUUUCUCAAAUGAGGGUUGUUUAUACAUCAAUGAUGUGGCUUCUUUUCUUUGGAAAUUCAAUCAAUUGUCACCACUA